AUGCGUAUUCCUCUUAUCUAUCCUUUUACCCUUGUAGUCAUUGCUAGCCUUACCAAUGCUUCUGGAUAUCACAAGGCCGGGCAUCACAAGCACCAUGGUCAACCAAAGGGGAAGGUCUUUGAUCACUUUCUUCAAAUAUGGUUUGAAAAUGAAGAUUUCGAUACUGUCACAAAAGUGCCUGGAUUUAGAGACCUUUUGAAAGAAGGUAUCCUUUUGGACAAUUAUAACGCCAUCACUCAUCCAUCGCAACCAAAUUACGUUGCUGCUGCUGGUGGUUCUACCUUUGGCAUCACAGAUGAUGAAUACUACAAUAUCUCGGUCAAUACCUCGAGCAUUUUUGAUUUACUGGAAGCUAAAGGCUUGACUUGGAAAAUGUAUCAGGAAAAUAUUCCUUCUGCUGGUUGCACUUUCUAUAGGUCUGGAACCUAUGUUCGUAAGCAUAAUCCUGCUGCUAGUUUUGAUUCUAUAGGAUUGAACAAAACUCAAUUGGAAAACAUUGUUGGAGGCGAUCAAUUUCAAAAGGACAUUGAAGCCGAGACGCUUCCUAACUGGAUGUUCUACACUCCCGAUAUGAAUAGCGAUGGUCACGAUACCAAUGCUACUUAUGCUGGCAACUGGUUAGCCAACUUUUACAAGACAACGUUAAACAAUACAAAGCUUCUUGACAGAGCCGUGAUCUUGAUUACUUUUGAUGAGACCAAGACAUACACUAUCAGGAACAGAGUCUGGUCUCUCUUGAUGGGUGCUAUUCCUAAGCAACUGAAGGGUACAAAGGAUAGUAAUUUUUAUACUCACUAUUCUACACUAAGCACGGUUGAACAUAAUUGGGGCUUGGGUAACUUGGGUCGUCAGGACACGAAUAAGACGGUUUCCAAUGUUUUCGAGUUUGCCGCAAAGGCACUUGACUAUAAAAAUGUGAUUAUUCCCGAAAACGAGAUUCCCUGGAUGAACAACUCAAUACCAGGUCCAUUAACAGGCAAAUCUUGGAAUGAAACACAUGGCGCUUCUUUAUAG